UGCUUGUAAGCUUUAUUUAAUUUUUAACAAUUAUCCUCGCGCUGCAAAUUACUUCUCGACUCACAGCACCGAAAGUCACCUGACAAUUCACUUACACAACCCGUCCACGUGACGAGACUGUGACUUUUUUUUCACUUUCGCCAUCGGCGCCGGAAUAAUAGGUAUUCCAGAAACCGCCCACGCUAACCGGAUUGGGCAAAGCGGCAAAACCUUUGAGCUACAGGCCAGGAAAAAAAGCUUCAAAAAAUUUCUUUCCCAUCAAGCCCAAAGGUCGACAACUUGCCCCGGCAAAAAGCAACAUAUAACACAAGGGUUACCCUGCUUCUCAGUUGCGAAUUGCGGUUGAGAACACUUUCCAAACCUCGCCCUUUAUCCUGACGAUUAAUUAUCGUCGCUCUCCCCUUUCAAUUCCUCUCUAAACCCUUCAGCACAAAUGGCUUUCGGACGAGGUGCUCCUCGCGGUGCCGGUGGUCGCGGCGGUGGUCGCGGCGGCGGCCGUGGUGGUUUUGGUGGCGGUGACCGUGGUGGCCGUGGCGGCUUCGGUGGUCGUGGCGGUGGUCGUGGUGGUGCUCGCGGAGGCCGUGGCGGUUUUGGUGAUCGUGGCGGCCGCGGUGGACGUGGUGGCCGUGGUGGUGGCCGUGGUGGUGCUGCUGGUCAAAAGGGCGGUGCCAAGGUCAUUGUCGAGCCUCACCGUCACCCUGGAGUCUUUGUCGUCCGUGGUGGCAAGGAAGAUGGUAUUGCCACCCGUAACCUCACCCCUGGCGAGUCUGUGUACGGCGAGAAGCGCAUCUCUGUCGACGAGUCUGUCCAGAACGACGACGGCACAACCACCACCACCAAGGUCGAGUACCGCAUGUGGAAUCCCUUCCGAUCCAAGCUUUGCGCUGCCGUCGCUGGUGGUGCCGAUAACAUCUACAUGAAGCCCGGCUCGCGCGUUCUCUACCUCGGUGGUGCCUCUGGUACCUCCGUCUCCCACGUUGCUGACCUUGUUGGUCCUACCGGCUUCGUCUACGCUGUCGAGUUCUCUCCUCGCUCUGGCCGUGAUCUCAUUGCCAUGGCUUCCAAGCGCCCCAACGUCGUCCCCAUUGUUGACGAUGCCCGUCAGCCCGCUCGUUACCGCAUGAUUGUCCCCAUGGUCGACGUCAUCUUUGCCGAUGUUGCCCAGCCUGACCAGGCCCGUAUUGUCGCCGUCAACGCCAACUGGUUCCUCAAGGUUGGCGGUGGUGUCCUCAUCUCCAUCAAGGCCAACUGUAUCGACUCUACUGCCCCUGCUGCCGAGGUCUUCGCUGCUGAGGUCCAGAAGAUGCGUGCGGAAUCCAUGAAGCCCAAGUACCAGCUCACUCUCGAACCCUUCGAGCGUGAUCACUGCUUGGUUGCUGCUGAAUACACCCGAGUCAAGAACUAAGCACCCCGCCUGAACUCAGGACAUGCUGAUGUUGUUGAUGUUUGUUGUGGGUGACUGAAGUGAUAAUUCCCCCUAUGGCAUAUUUCAUGUAUUCGUGACGCGCUUUGGAUUCGAAGCUGUGGGACUUUUUGUAUUUGCGGCCUAACGGCUUGCUUUUCGGCGAGAGGCGUUUGGGAUUUGAUUUCUUUUGUUUAAGCCUGUAUAUGGCGAUGUAUUGAUGUCUACGCCACCAAAAUAUUAGAAAGGCAUUCUGCAUUCC